AUGAGCUCCAAAUCAGCAGCUGCAAUCUUGCAACGACAAUUUAAAGACCUUACUGACCCCAAAAAACGCAUCCCAUCAUUCCACAUUGAAUUAGACGAUGACAACAUAUUCUUAUGGAAUAUUGGCGUUAUGGUAUUAAACCCAGACUCAUUAUACCACGGAGGCUACUUUAAGGGCCAAAUGAGAUUCCCCCAAGAUUUCCCAUUCAGCCCACCAAGUUUCCGCUUCACACCAGCCAUCUAUCACCCCAAUAUCUACCGAGACGGCAGAUUGUGCAUAUCCAUCUUACACCAGGGAGGCGACCCCACCUCGGACGAACCAGAAAGCGAAACAUGGUCACCAGCACAAACCGUGGAGAGUGUCUUGAUCUCAAUCAUCUCUCUCUUGGAUGACCCAAAUGGAAACUCACCUGCAAAUAUCGAUGCCUCAGUCGAGUUUAGGAAAAACCCAGAAGAAUACAAGAAAAAAGUAUUGAAGGAAGUCGAAAGAAGCAAAAAAGACAUCCCAGAAGACUUUGUCAUGCCAGACGACCAAGUUAACGCAUACGAUAACCAAAUGAACAGACGAGGAGUUGAAGGGUUGAUUGACGAACCAGUAGAUGAAGAUUUUUGGUAUGAUAGCGAAGAAGAAGACGAAGAUGAAGAGAGCUUUGACGAGGAGAGUUUGAUGGAUCACGAAGAAGACGUGGGAGAAGAAGAAGAGGACGAAGAGGAAGAAGUAGACGAAGACAUCAAAUAG